GUAAUCGAGGUCAACGUCAUUGUCAACGUCACUAACGCGUCGCGAACGCUGUAACGUUACUGUGGCUGCUUUCGGUAUCAGGUGUGGACACUGGAGAGAGUAAGCUUGAUUUCCAUUCCCUCUGUGCUGGAGGUGAAGGAUAAGAUGUCCGUUCCUCUGUUCGCUCUGUUGGCAGUGUGUGUGGACGUGAGUGCUGUGAUGGUCAUUGGUUUCAUCCAGCUCUCCUCUUCCUUCAUCAACAACACCUUCAUCCUGCUGUGGGCCGGUGGUCUGCUCCGAACAUGUCUCCCCGUCUUGGUCUCCUUCAGCUGUCCUGGCAGCCCAGCGUGGAUGAGAGGAUCCGAGGGGAUGCAGACAGCUGCAGUUCAUGGUCUUGUUUAUCCAGUGUAUAUCUCCUCCCUCUGGGCUUGUGACAGGCCUAUAGUGGAACUGGUGUGGGGUUGGCACACCUGUCAAGGGCUCCUGCAGGGCUAUGUGGUGUUGGCUUCUCUGUUGCUGUGGAAACGGCAUGCUUCCACUCUCCUCCUCAUGGUCCAAAAGGAGAAAACCGAGCGGAAGGAUUUGCUGCAAAGGCUGCUGGGAUGCAUGAAGCCUUUCAGUGGAUGCUUUGUAGCCGUCUUUUUCUUUAUUUUUAUUUCUUCAUUAGGUGAAAUGGCGAUUCCUCAUUACACUGGUAAAAUGACUGACUGGAUCAUGAAUGAAGAUGAACCCGAGGCUUUCAACCAUGCUAUCACUGUCAUGACACUGAUUACCGUUAUGAGCGCUGUGUGUGAGUUUGUGUGUGACCUCAUGUACAACAGCACCAUGAGCCGAAUACACACGUCCAUCCAAGGACUCGUCUUCCAGUCUGUGCUGAAGCAGGAGAUUGGGUUCUUCGAUAAAUCUUCCACAGGGUGCAUUGAAUCUCACAUCACCACCGCCACCAACGAGAUGAGUACGUCUCUGAGUGAGAACUUGAGUCUGCUCAUGUGGUACUUCAUGCGUUUCGUCUUCCUGUUGGGCUCCAUGGUGCGGCUCUCCUGCACGCUGACCUUCUUCACCGUACUCAUCCUCCCCAUCAUCUGGAUCAUCCCAGAAUAUUUUGGCAAGUGUAACCAGAAACUUUCUAAGCAAGUGCAAGAUUCUCUUGCCAAGGCCAAUGAUGUCGCCAAGGAAACCUUCUCUUCCAUGAAGACAGUAAGGAGCUUUGCAAAUGAGGAAGGAGAGACCGAGAGGUACAGGAUGUGCUUAGAGGAAACGUAUGCCCUGAACAAAAAGGAAGCCGCUGCUUACUCUGCCUCAACUUGGACCAAUAGUAUGUCGAGUCUGGCUUUGAAAGUCUGUAUAUUGUACUAUGGAGGCCGGCUUGUGACAGGAAGUGAUGUCAGUAGUGGCGAUCUAGUGUCCUUUGUGCUAUAUAAGCUUCAGUUCUCAUCAGCUAUGGAGUCACUUAUGUCCACAUGGCCAAAACUAAUGAAGGCAGUCGGUGCUUCAGAGAAAAACUUUGAGUACAUUGACCGAAAGCCUGAUAUUCCUCCGGAUGGAUCCAUCGCUCCUGAAACUCUGAAAGGACACGUGCAGUUCAAAAAUAUCACCUUUGCUUAUCCAAAGCAUCUGGACACAGAGGUGCUGAAGAACGUUUCUCUUGAGCUGAAGCCAGGUCAGAUCACGGCUCUGGUGGGUCCAUCAGGUUCUGGAAAAAGCACUAUUGUGAGUUUGCUGGAGAGAUUUUACCAGCCUCGAAGUGGGAAUAUUUUCCUGGACCAGAGGAGACUGGUGGAUUACAAGGACCAAUAUCUACAUGAGAAGAUUAGUGUGGUGCCACAGGAGCCACUUCUGUUUGCUCGGUCAGUGCAGGAAAACAUCAAAUAUGGCAAAGAAGAUGCCUCGGAUGAAGAAAUGUACACUGCUGCCAAGCUGGCCAAUGCAGAUGACUUUAUUUUGAAUUUGCCUAGAGGAUAUGACACGGAUGCUGGAGAGAAGGGUGGUCAGGUCUCCGGAGGUCAGAAGCAGCGUAUCGCCAUCGCCAGAGCUCUGAUUCGGAAACCACAGAUUUUGGUGCUUGAUGAUGCUACCAGCUCACUGGACACCGAGAGUGAACACAGGGUGUACAGCGCUCUGCGGAAGGAGCUGAAGAACUGUACGGUGCUGCUCAUCACACACAGACUGAGCGGUGUGGAAAACGCAGAUCACAUCAUCUUCCUCCGAGAAGGGGAAGUGGCUGAGGAGGGGAACCAUGAACAACUGCUAGCCAAACAUGGAUUCUAUGCGGAGUUUGUGAAACAACAGAAAACUUCAAUCCAUCGCAACACAAGAGAUGUAACAAACUCCAUCCAAUGAUCUAGACCAGCUGCUCUACAUUUAAUCUGAGUUUAGCAGAAAUCAGAUGACAAAUCCUUGCU